AUGAGUGCUUGCAAAACCCUUUCAUGUUUCUCCCUCUCUUCUUCCUCUUCCUUCUUCAAACCCACCCUUCUCCACCCUCGCCAACGUCUAACCCUAACUCGGAGAUGUUCCACGUCAGCCCUACUCGAAGAACCGGAACCCCAAUCUCCGAGCGUUCAGCACCUCCUCACGAGUCCCGACGGCGUCUCCACGCUGAUGAAGAUGGACCGCAAGCCUCUUCUCCCUCACGAGCCGCACGUUCGCUGGUUCCCUUACCUCGACGCCUACCGCUGCCGAAACGGCUGCGUUUUGAGCAGCGCCGAGGUCGUCCAGGCCCUCGCGCCCUGCAUCUCCGACGACCGGAGGCAGAGGUUCGGGAGCGUGGUUCGGAACCGGAGCUACUCGGUCUGCCUCGUCGUGGAAGGGCUCUGCGACUUCGGCAACGUCUCCGCCACGUUCCGGUCCGCGGACGCGCUUGGCGUCCAGUCCGUCCACGUCGUGUCGUGUGACGCCAACAAAAGGUAUAAAGAUAAUCGCCAUGUGAGCAUGGGUGCAGAGAAAUGGUUGGACAUUGAACUGUGGAACUCUACAAAGGAGUGCUUUAAAAUGUUGAAAUCACGCGGUUAUCGAAUUGCGACAACUCAUGUGGGAAUGGAUGCGGUUUCUAUUCAUGACUUAGAUUGGUCCUGCCCAACUGCAAUCGUGGUUGGGAAUGAAAAUAGGGGUAUUAGUGAUGAGGCAUUGGAGCUGUCAGAUUUGCAUUGCAGUAUUCCUAUGGCAGGAAUGGUGGACUCUUUCAAUGUUUCAGUUGCUGCGGGAAUCCUCAUGCACCACUCUGUUUGUGAUAGAAUAUCUCGUAUGGGCCGUCAUGGUGAUCUAACAGUGGAAGAAUGCCAGAUUCUACUUGCAGAGUUUUCUCUGCGCCAUAGCAAGAGUUCGAUUAGUAUUGUUGAAGAUUAUGCAAUGCGUAAAGCAGCGACAUUGACCUAACAGCAAUAACAGGAAGUCAAACUUCUUCUGACUGUGCUUGGCUGCUUGCCUGUACUUGGCAAGGAGACAAACCAGAGACUAGAUUGUCUCUGAUUGAUUGAAUGAUUCCUACAAACUAGCAUUAGCUUAUGCAUGCUGUGCAAGGCUCACAGAUGACAAUGGGGACCUUACCAACACCCAGCUUCUGUUUGGACUAUAGAAUAUUUCCUUAAUGAUGUGCUUACUAGCCCCACUUUACUUAGCAAUGGGGGAAUGAUGCUGCCAAAAGUGCAAUUGCAAUUUUAUUUAUGUGGAUUUUUCGGGCCUUACAGUAUCUAAUGGUUUUUAUUUGGAUGAGAAAAGAAAAUAGAAAAGGGAAAUUUUUUACCUCCUAUUUUUAAGUAACA